UUUCUUUGAUCAGAAGGAAGAGAUUUGUGGAUCAAAAGAAAAAGUUGUUUGUUUUUUGUUCUGUUGUUGAAGAAGAAGAAGAAAUAGAGGAGAAGAAUGGCUGUACAGGCGCAGUUGUAUUCUGAUAACAUCGGCUUUCCCUUGUGCGGUUCUUUGGAUUUGAUCGACAACAAUGGCCGCGGUUUCAAUCAAUACGGUUUAAGUGUUCAGCAGUUACAUCACUUACAACUGCAACAACAACAACAACAGCAACAGCAGUUUCAGUAUCUUCAAAACCAGCAGCAAAGAAAUCAGGAUCUUGAAUCCAUGAUGUUUAGCCAAAACGAGAUUGAUCAGUUCAUCAAAUCACAGAACGAGAGGCUGAGAUUGUUGCUGCAAGAGCAAAGGAAGCGACAAUUCGAUGUAUUGGUGAAGAAGAUGGAAUCGAGGGAUUGCGUUUUGCUUAGAGAAAAAGACGAGGAGAUUGUGAAGGCGAGGAAUAAAGCGAUGGAGCUGGAAAAUAUUUUGAAGAGACUGGAGAUGGAGAGCCGGGCGCGGCAAAGAGUGGCGCACGAGAACGAAGCGAUGGUUUUCUCUUUGAACAACCGGAUCGAAGAGCUACGAGAGCAGGCCUCUUGCCGUUUCGACGAUGCAGCGUCUUGCUGCGAAUGCGAAGAGGAGGAGGAGGAGGAGGAGGAGAAAGGAGCCAUGGUUUUCCCGGCGGUCGCCGCCGAUGACGACGGAGAAAGAAGAAUGGUUUGCAGAUGCUGCUAUCAUCGACGGUCGUCCGUUUUGUUCCUCCCGUGCAGGCACCUCUGUUCCUGCGAGGAUUGCGCGGUUUUUCUUGAUUCUUGUCCCGUUUGUAGAACAGCCAAGAAAGGUAGCAUAGAGGCAUUGGCUUCCUAG